AUGCAAGCAGAGUACGAGUCACUAAUGGACAAUAAUACCUGGACAUUAGUCGAUGAACCAGAAGAUCAACAAGUCUUACCUGGAAAAUGGGUGUAUAAAGUAAAGUAUCGAGCAAGCGGCCAAGUCGAUAAGCUCAAAGCGAGAUACGUAGCAAAGGGUUAUGCUCAAAUCGAAGGCCUAGAUUUCUUUGACACAUACGCUCCAACAUGCAAGCCAGAAACUUUUAGAAUUCUAUUAGCAACUGCAGCACGAAAGGACUUAUAUCUUGGUCAGAUGGACGUGAAAUCAGCCUACCUUCAUCCAAAAUAGAAAUAAAGAAAAAAAAAGAAAAAGAAAAAAACUGCGAUACAUUUAAAGAUUAUUGCAGAACCUCCUCCGAGUACUUCAAAACAUUAGUCAAAAACAGAAUUAGUGACACGUCGUAAACUCUGUUGACAUUGUGUAUAGAACUAUACUGUAUUUUACUGUGUAUGUCAAUUGUUAAAUACUAAUAAUGUCAAUUGUUAAAUAUUGUAAUGUACAACAUACUACGUAUUGUAAUACUUGUUGUGUCGUAUUAUGUACUCCGUUGUAUAUAUUGUAUACUUUGUUAUCUUAUAAUCAAACUCACUUGUAGCAUAGAAGAGCCACUAUGUGGAAAUGCUAUUAAAUCAUUAUUAUUAUUAUUAUUAUUAUUAUUAAUAGAAGAUGAAACUUAUCUGGAGCAACCAGAGGGGUUUGUCAAAAAAUCAAACUCAGGACAAAAGCUUGUGUGCAAAUUGAACAAAUCAAUCUAUGUCUAAAACAAGCUGCGAAAAACUGGUAUGAAGCUCUGACAAGUCUACUUCUCAAGAAAGGAUUCAAACGAAGCUGCAACGACUAUUGCCUAUUUGUAAGAAAGGAAGAAAAUGGAACAUUUCCCUAUGUGUUAGUCUGGGUAGAUGAUAUAGUAGUGGCUGGAGCGACCGAAGAAGCAAUUAACGAAAUUAAGUCAAUGUCAAAUGAAAAUUUCAAGAUGGACGAUCGUGGCGACCUAAACUGGUUCUUAGGAAUGCAAAUCCUGCGAUUGCACGACAAGAUUACAGUGGAUCAAACGAAGUAUAUCGAAACUGUUCUCCAAGAAUUUAACAUGAGUGAUUGCAAAGCUGUAGCAACACCCGGAGAAGUAAAUCUAAAGCUAGUCAAAAGUAACGAAGGAAAGAAAUUAGUAGAUCCGAAGCUGUAUAGAAGUUUAGUUGGCUCUCUUUUAUUCAGUGGCAAACAAACCCGUCCAGAUAUUCUAAAUAUUGUUAAUCAGCUAGCUGUCACGAUUUCUCGAUAA